AUGAUCCAGUACGGUGGGGUAGCGCAGUACGGGGCAUACCAACAGCGGUAUCCGGUUGUUCUUAGCCAAGGAGGAAUUGCCGCCAUUCCAUCUCUUAGUAAGUCGCCAAUGAUUCGCGAUGUCUGGGAGGACAACUUAGAGCAGGAGUUCAGCGUUAUUCGCUCACUUAUUAAGGACUACCCGUAUGUCUCAAUGGAUACAGAGUUCCCUGGUGUUGUAGCAAAACCUGUGGGUAACUUCAAGGCAACACAUGAGUUCUACUACCAGACACUCCGUUGCAAUGUAAAUUUGCUCAAGAUGAUUCAGCUAGGGAUAACUCUUCUCAAUGACAAGGGUGAAGUGCCGGAGAACUGCUGCACGUGGCAGUUUAACUUCCGCUUCUGUCUCACAGAGGAUGUGUACGCCCAAGAUAGCAUUCAAUUACUCCGUCAUGGAGGUAUUGACUUUGACUACUUUGCGCAGUAUGGUGUUGAGGUGUCACAUUUUGCCGAACUCCUCAUCUCAAGUGGCCUCAUUCUAAACAGUGAGAUCCGCUGGCUUGCCUUCCAUGCUGGCUACGACUUUGGUUACUUAAUGAAGGUAGUCUGCGGUAAGGAGCUGCCGGAGAAGGAGGAGGACUUUUUGCAGAUCUUCCACUCCCUCUUCCCGUGUGUGUAUGACAUUAAGUAUCUUCUCCGCUCCACGGAGCUCUCCCACUCGCUCGGUCUCGAUCAUCUCUCGGAGAGUCUCCGCGUGCGGCGGUUCGGCAUGGCGCACCAGGCGGGCAGCGACUCGCUUCUCACCGGCCACUGUUACUUCAAACUACUCCGCGACUGCUUCGCCGGCGCCCCGCCGCUCUCCAGCAACGGCGUGCUCUACGGGCUCUGCGAGGACGCAUCCUCCGCCGCAACUCCAAGCAGUACAACCAUUCCGGGCGGAAGCGCACACUCCUUCGCGUCAUUCGCAGCAGGGAAGAACGCGGCAUUCCCGUCCACACCACUCACACACACCGUGAAGGGACACAACUAG